GCUCCCGGCCAGCGCGGCGGCGGCGGCGGCAGCAGCAGGAGCAGCCCCGGCUGCGGGUCGCGACGGCGGCGGGGCGCCCCCUCCCCCGUGCCGGGGCGCGGCGGAGGGAUGUGGGGCUUUGCGGGAGGAAGGCUUUUCGGCAUCUUCUCGGCCCCGGUGCUGGUGGCGGUGGUGUGCUGCGCCCAGAGCGUGAACGAUCCCGGGAACAUGUCCUUUGUGAAGGAGACGGUGGACAAGCUGUUGAAAGGCUACGACAUUCGCCUGAGACCCGACUUCGGGGGUCCCCCGGUCUGCGUGGGGAUGAACAUCGACAUCGCCAGCAUCGACAUGGUUUCCGAAGUCAACAUGGCUAUGUGGGACUGCACAGCUGGGAGUCAGCCACUGUGCAGCUAAUGCUCGUAUAGACUCAUCUUUUCCUUUCCGUAUGUUGGAAUUGAAUGAUUAUACCUUAACCAUGUAUUUUCAACAAUAUUGGAGAGAUAAAAGGCUCGCCUAUUCUGGGAUCCCUCUCAACCUCACGCUCGACAAUCGAGUGGCUGACCAGCUAUGGGUGCCCGACACAUAUUUCUUAAAUGACAAAAAGUCAUUUGUGCAUGGAGUGACAGUGAAAAACCGCAUGAUCCGCCUUCACCCUGACGGGACCGUGCUGUACGGGCUCAGAAUCACCACAACCGCAGCGUGCAUGAUGGAUCUGCGGAGAUACCCCCUGGAUGAGCAGAACUGCACUCUGGAAAUCGAAAGCUAUGGCUACACCACAGAUGACAUUGAAUUUUACUGGCGUGGCGGGGACAAGGCUGUCACUGGAGUGGAAAGGAUUGAGCUCCCUCAGUUCUCCAUUGUGGAGCAUCGUCUGGUCUCAAGGAAUGUCGUCUUUGCCACAGGUGCCUAUCCUCGGCUCUCACUGAGCUUUCGGUUGAAGAGAAACAUUGGAUACUUCAUUCUCCAGACCUACAUGCCCUCUAUACUCAUAACGAUUCUCUCGUGGGUGUCCUUCUGGAUCAAUUAUGAUGCAUCUGCUGCUAGAGUUGCCCUCGGGAUCACUACUGUGCUGACGAUGACGACCAUCAACACCCACCUCCGGGAGACCUUGCCCAAAAUCCCCUAUGUCAAAGCCAUUGACAUGUACCUGAUGGGCUGCUUUGUCUUUGUGUUCCUGGCCCUUCUGGAGUACGCCUUUGUCAACUACAUUUUCUUUGGAAGAGGCCCUCAAAGGCAGAAGAAGCUUGCGGAAAAGACAGCCAAGGCGAAGAACGACCGUUCAAAGAGUGAAAGCAACCGGGUGGAUGCACAUGGGAAUAUUCUGUUAACGUCACUGGAGGUUCACAAUGAAAUGAAUGAGGUGGCAGGCGGCGUUGGCGAUACGAGGAAUUCAGCAAUAUCCUUUGACAACUCAGGAAUCCAGUACAGGAAACAGAGCAUGCCUAGGGAAGGGCAUGGGCGAUUCACGGGGGACAGAAGCAUCCCACACAAGAAGACCCAUCUACGGAGGAGGUCUUCGCAGCUCAAAAUUAAAAUCCCUGAUCUAACCGAUGUGAAUGCCAUAGACAGAUGGUCUCGGAUCGUGUUUCCAUUCACUUUUUCUCUUUUCAACUUAGUUUACUGGCUGUACUAUGUUAACUGAGUGACUGUACUUGAUUUUUCAAAGACUUCAUUUAACACUGAGUGAAAUAUUACUCUGCCUGUCAAGUUUUUAUACCUGUACACACACAAACACACACACGCAGACACACACAUAUAUACAUACGCAAUUGUAUAUAUAUGUGAACUUUCUCAGCAUAUAUAUAAAAUACACGUGUAUAUGAGGAUGUAUGUGUAUAUGUUUAUACACACAGGUUGUGAGUACCCAUGUGUAUAUAAAACACAUACACAUACAUAUAUACAUUUUGCAGCUAUGGACAAUUUAACACAGGAUGCAUAUUAAAGAAAGAGUUUUUUCUUUUUUAAUUGAAAGGGACAAGUAUCAUCUAAAUAUUAUGCCUUGAGAAUGAGGGCGUGAAACACAAUAUCAUCCCAAAAUGUGUCUUUUAUUAUCAUUAAGUUAGAUGUUUUAGUUUAAAAAUCAGAAAGACAUUCUUAGUUAAUCUUUGAAAACUCAUACAGUGGUAUUACUAGUUGAAAAUGGGUCACAUACUUCAUAUCCUCUCUUUGAGUUUAGUGAGCAAAGGCAUUUUGGCUGCGCUGGUGAUGGGCUUUGUUUUCAUCAGGCAUACUUUUCCUGGAACGCAUUAGGGGCGAGGUGAGUCGCCGGCAGUGCACUUACCUGCUGUCUUAAACGUAGGUAGAUCCCACAUUGAUGCCUGAAUGACCAUCUUUGAAAACCCAUCAGGAAUGAAUGGCAUCUCAGUGUAAGUACUCUAAUAUACAGUGUGUGUUUUUGUUGUUCAUUUGGAGUGGAUCCAGCUUAACUGUCAUGUGGAAACACAGUGGCACGUUUUGGCAAUGACAUUUCAAUCACCGAAAAUGUGCUCUACAUCUCGUACGGAUUUCUAGGCCUGAUAUCUAACAGAAAGCAUAGACGUCUCAGGUUAUUUGUUACUCUAAGGUAAAACCAUCUAGGAUGAUUUUCCCCCUUGCAGUUAUGUUAUCAAUCAUUCUUAUAACAUUGUAUGUUAAUAGAAAAUAUAUUUGCAUAAUAUGCAUAUAUAUGUAUAUUUACCAAGAUUUUGUUUCUUAUGCUUGCUACCAUGGCAGCAUGCGAUGUCGGAUUUUCCUUUCUGUGAUGUUACUACUUUCUGUUAUCUAGAAAUUAAGAUUGAAGCUAAAACACUUCUAUUGUUCAAUUUCAGAAACUAAAAAACAUCCUCAUGCCUUUAUUUCUGUAUCUGACAUAUUUCAUAAGCACAUCCAACUACUCCUAGACUGACUAGGAUUCUGCAGGAACACAACCCGUACACACCACGCAUCACCCCACAACCCAUGACCGUUCUCUGAGGCAAAGGAAGGCAACCCGACAACACACACAGUCGCUUUGGGUUCCUUCUGAUCCACAGCCUCAUCAGUAUUUGGACUUUUUAAAGCUCGUAGAAACAAGACAAGGUGCACCGGUUUCAUAGACGCAACCUUAACUUACUAUUUAGAUGAGAUCUUUCUAAAGAAAACAAAGAGAUGAUAUAUUUUUUGUAAACAAUAUUUCUAUCACAGGCAUCCAUAAACCGAAAUGACUACAGUUGUGCAAACAGGUGUCACAGUGAAGUUGAGCAUUUGGAGAAAAAAAUAAAAAGCAAAAUAUGCAGGCAGAACUGCGAAAUUAAGACUUUAUCCCAAAAUGCUGCAUAUGCCUCUGCCCCUCUGUUCUAUCCAAAACUAGUGACAGGAGUCUGCCCACCACUCUCAUGGCUGGCACCAGUUUUCCACAUAGGUAGAGGACCACCCUCCCCGAGGGUGCAUGUGGUGUGGACUGUCACCAUGAGCUGACCACUACUUGAUCUUUCUUUGGUGGCCAUAACAACCUUUAGUUCAUGGACAUCUGUAACAGUUCAAAACCCGCCAUCAGAUAAAACAUAAUCCACAAAAUCUCAUGCUAGAGGAAAUUAUUAAUUUUUGUACCCUUCCCUUCCUUCAUUCCUAUCUUUCUCCAACGUCUUCUCUCAGCGUCUUCUCAGCCGCUGCUCUCUCGUUUUGUUUUUAUCUGGAGACUAAGCCAGUGAUUUUUUUUUUUGUCUUUGGCUUUUCUCUGACAAAUAUUUUUCAUGGGUAACAAGGGGGGGAUCCUAAAAGUUAAACAGCUUGGGAAAAACCUUGUAAGUGGCCUUAUCAUUGUUAACAUGUUAAAGAAAAAAAGACAUUUGCAAAGACCUUAUCCCUUUCAAUACUUCAGGUAUCUUUUUCUGUAUCCGGUAAUUCAAGGUGUGAGUUCCACAUGCAGAAGAGGGACCCCAAAAUGCAAAUGAUCAUGGAAAAAAAGCAGUCAAUGGUCUAUUAAGUAUAUAAUUUAUACUAUUCAGAGCUGUGACAUUAAUUCUUUCUGGGAGAAAAGUGAUCUAAAACUUUUCAAUGCAUAGUUGAGGUACCCAAAUAUCAAAGGCAGAGACCCCAUGGGGCUCAGAAGAGCUGCAGUCUACUUCCCAAGGUUUUCUGGAUAUAAAUUUGCAUGGUAUAGUCAUAAUAGCUUUUGAGCUUUUUAUAUGCAUUUGGCACCAAGACUGGGAUCCACAACUUUGUAGACACUGCGAUGAAGUUAACAUAAUAGCUAUACUAUAAAUAGUGUUUGUAACUACACACACACACACACACACACACACACACAUACACACACAAAUACAUACAUAUAUUCUGUAAAAAAGAAAAACUUUUUAAGAUCCUUGGGUAUGUGUUUGCUUUACUCCAUUUCAGAAGAAAAUUACUUUUCUUCUAAUAAAAUUAUUUUAUAGCUUCUCCAUUUUUAAAAGUUAUGAGAAGUAUUGAGAAGAGAACUCUGUGCUAACAGAAGAGAGUUGAAUGUGAUUCUCUGUUCUGUUAAAAUGAUCUCUCAUCACUUCACAGUAGCUAUUCGAGCCAGUGAGUGAGCCUUGCUGAGGAAUCCUAACCUGAACCUGUGACAUUAUUACGAGGUGGCUGUUACCUGCACCCUGACCUCUCGAGUAAGCAGAGAAGAGUUUAAUUGGAAAUAUGAUGAGAUUUCUUUCUCAACAACUGAAAGUAAUAAAAAGUUCAUUUUUCUAAGUAGUUCUGUCUUUCCAAAAUGCUUCAUGGGGGCUCAAACUGUACAGAAGAAUUUUAUUAUGACAGUUUGUUAUUACCCGGGUUCAGAUAUGCUUGAGACAAUUCAAGAGCCCUAGUACAUAACUCCCUACAGAGAAGGACUGAUAAAAUUUGAGCAGUCUUUAAAACAAGUGAUAUUCUUCCUAUUCACCAACCCCAGGACUGUAGAGGGGUUUCACUGUCUAUACCAUGACACAUUCGUUUCUCCUUGAAUCUCAAAUGAACUAGAAAGUACGUCUUGAUAAUAUUCCCUUUAAGUUUGAAGGUCCGUGUACAUCUGCAAUAUCAUGUGUUUUUAAUGCCAGCACCCAGAACUUUGACAUGUUCACCCACUCCCAUCAAAAGCAUUUUUCUUCUGUCCACGCAUGGAAUUGACAUUCUUACCAAGGAGAUCAUCUCGAGAGUGAUGCCCAACAAGUUUGGGAUUGGUCCUCAGGGGGACAGGCACAUUGCACUUGUAGAUGUUCAUUUCCAAAAUCGAGUAGCUAAUUAAUCCCUUGGUGUUUGUCCCACAACAGUGUGUUCUAAAAAGAGAAUGUGUCCACUUUUGACUCUCCUGGCUUGAAAGUAUAAACCAUUCCAUAAUUCUCACUUUAACUCUCCACCUGAAAACCAGUUCAUAUUCCUGGCCAUCUUAUGUAAGCAAAACUAAACAAUUGGUGACACGUUUUGUUACUCUUGGAAUGAACUCUGGCUCUCAUCUUAGUGUGAGCCAUCAGUCAGAGUAACAUUGACUCUUGGGGCAAAGACCUGCCCAGGUGGAUUAAAUUCUUCCAGGGCACUAGCUGGUGUGCCUUGGAUUGAUUACCUCUCCUACUGAAUUGAAAGGUGCCAUGUUUUCCUGAAAUACUAAAUUCCCAGCACCUGGGUAAACAGUGACCUCCCAGAGAGUGGCUCACACGUGCCUCUCCCUAGGACCCGCCCCGUGAACAUGUCUUGUCAUUCUCGUCUCAUGUUUCUACUUCACAAGUCAGUGAGUGUGUUUGAGGUAAGUACAGGAUAAUUCUAGUAGGAAUAGGCGAUCGCUGUCAUGAACAAUUCCCAUGUUGAUUUCAUUUUAUUGUAAAGAUAAAUUUAAACUCAGUUUUGCUUAAGCACAUUGAUGUAAUUUUUUGGUAUUAUUUGACAUGAAAAAAACAGCAAAAUUGAGUGAUAGAUACAAUAUGAAACUUGUUGAUGAAUGGAUUCAAAUUUAUUAAAAAAGGACUAACUGAC